UUCAAACUAGCCUCAAGGGACCACAGAUACGAGGGCAUUAUACCACGCUUUUGAAUAACCACCCCCAACACCAGGACACUGACAAACUGUACUCACGAGCCAUUUCGACUUCGUUAUAUCUGUGCUUGAGGGGGCGUGGUCAUUUCCAUCGGACUCAGCCAAUGGCGUCGCACUGAAAGGAGUUGGGCGUUCCAUUCGGUUAGGAGCAGAAGUUGAACAGCGCGAGCCGAGACAGAGCUCUAGAAAGGCAGAUAGGGAGAGGGCAGAGGCAACGGCCCUCUACUGGAGGGGGGGGCUUAUUAUAACAAAUAUAUACACACAUGUGUGAACUGUUGGGCUGCACGAUAGGUCAUAUGUGGAUAAUAGUUAUUUUAGAAAAGCAUAUAACCGCGGCUUUACAUUUAAAAUGCCUAUUUUACUUUUCCUGUUAGACACGUCCGCCUCUAUGAAUCAGCGCACUUAUUUGGGUACGACGUAUCUGGACGUUGCUAAAGGCGCGGUUGAGGUCUUUAUGAAGCUGCGUGCCCGAGACCCGGCUAGUAGAGGCGACAGGUACAUGCUAGUUACAUUCGAUGAUCCACCAUACGGAGUGAAGGCCGGCUGGAAGGAGAACCAUGCCACUUUCAUGUGCGAGCUGAAGAAUCUGCAGGCGUCCGGGCUCACAACAUUAGGACACGCUCUUCGCACCGCCUUCGACCUGCUUAACCUCAACCGCCUCAUCUCGGGAAUCGACAACUACGGGCAGGGCCGCAACCCAUUCUUCCUUGAGCCAUCUGUGAUCAUCACCAUCACUGAUGGGAACAAGCUCACGCACAGCUCGGGAGUGCCAGAUGAGCUGCACCUGCCUCUGAAUUCUCCCUUGGCUGGCAGCGAGCUGACCAAAGAGCCUUUUCGCUGGGACCAGCGUCUGUUUGCAUUGGUACUGAGGCUGCCAGGAGCAGCUACACCAGAUAAUGAGCAACUUGGUAGUGUCCCCACGGAUGAGUCUGCAAUCACCCAGAUGUGUGAAGUUACUGGAGGGCGAUCAUAUUGCGUGCGAACACAGAGGAUGUUGAACCAGUGUCUGGAGUCUCUGGUCCAAAAGGUUCAAAGUGGUGUUGUCAUUAAUUUUGAAAAAAACGGGCCAGAUCCGCCUCCAAUUGGGGAAGAUAAUUCUGUGGACUCAAAUCGGCCUGUGUCAUCCUUCGGCCCACAGCCAUGGCACAGCUGCCACAAACUCAUCUAUGUGCGACCAAACCCAAAGACUGGGGUGCCAGUCGGGCAUUGGCCCAUACCAGAGUCCUUCUGGCCGGACCAGAACUCUCCAACCCUACCACCUCGAACUGCUCACCCCGUGGUGCGUUUCUCUUGCGUGGACUGUGAACCCAUGGUGAUCGACAAGCUUCCCUUCGACAAGUAUGAACUGGAGCCCUCUCCGCUCACCCAGUACAUCCUGGAAAGGAAGUCCCCACACAUGUGCUGGCAGGUGUUUGUCAGCAGCAGCGGGAAGCAGAAUGACCUGGGGCAUCCUUUUGGCUACCUUAAAGCCAGCACCACUCUCACCUGUGUUAAUCUGUUUGUUAUGCCGUACAACUACCCAGUCCUUCUCCCACUCCUCGACGAUUUUUUCAAAGUGCACAAACUAAAACCAAACCUUAAGUGGCGACAGGCCUUUGAGAUGUACCUGAAGACGAUGCCUCCAUACUACCUCUUGCCCUUGAAAAAGGCACUGAGGAUGAUGGGUGCACCUAACCUUAUCGCGGACACCAUGGACUGCGGACUGAGUUACAGCGUCAUUUCUUACCUGAAGAAGCUCAGCCAGCAGGCAAAAAUGGAGUCGGAUCGUCUGAUUGUGUCGGUGGGGAAAAAGGCUCCGCAGGAAACUGGCAUAAAGGUGAAGAACCACUCCAGCUCGCUUUCUCUAGCCCACCGGCGAGACUUUAAGCAGCUGCUGCAGGGAAUCACGGGGGAGGGGCCCCUUCGCCUGCCGGACAUUAAUUUCAAAGAGUUUGCCGGUUUCCAGAUCGUCCUGCUCAACAAGGAUGUAAAGCCUCAAGCUUAUCGGAAUGCCUACGACAUCCCAAGACGGAACCUCCUGGAUCAGCUCACACGAAUGCGCUCCAAUUUGCUGCGGACGUCACUAAAACUGAUCCGAGGGCAAGAUGAAGAUUCCCUGCACAGUAUUCCAGUGGCUCAGAUGGGAAACUAUCAGGAGUACCUAAAAAUGAUGCCGUCCCCUUUGAGAGAGAUUGAUCCCGAUCAGCCUAAACGGCUGCACACAUUUGGGAAUCCUUUCAAGCAGGAUAAGAAGGGGAUGAUGAUCGAUGAGGCGGAUGAGUUUGUAGCAGGCCCUCAAAAUAAGAAGAGAGGAAAUUCCAGUGACUCCAAUUCGGGAGCUACUGUGAAGAGAAGGCGGAACAUGUCACCGUUGCUGCGGCGGCCGCAGACCCCAUCAGGGAACACCAACCAUGUGGUGAUUGGGAAGAACCUAGCAGGGAUUCAGGGGCAGCAGAACCUCCUCAAACCGGGUCCACAGAACAAAGGAGUGGAUAGCAUGGUGGUCACAGAGAGUAAUGGCGACAGCGCUCUCGGGCUCGACUCUGGGGAAAUCUGGCCUGCAGAGAUGGAAACUGAGGCAGGGAAUACAUCCUCACCGAGUUUAGAGGAGAACGUUGGGACAGGAGCAGCAGUUCGCGGGGAGGACCUUGGCACGAUGGAGGAGAGGCUGGUGGAAGAUCAUCUAAACGAGCAGCCGCUGGAGGAGAAGCACAACUGUGAACGCCUGAGUCCACAGAGCCAGCUGGAUGGCGCUGACGCUGAGCCGGCAGUGCCUGAGAUCAUUUUCAUAGCUCCACUAGACGGCAACCUGGCAGAGCUGCGGACGCGGGUCAUCAAGGAGGUCCGCAAACCCGGACGAAACUAUGAUGCAAUACUCAGACUACUGCAGCAGGUGAAAGGCCCGCCAAACGUACAGAGGUACUUCAUCCAGCACGCCAUCAAAGAAGCAAUGAGGUUCAAGAAGCGAGUACUGAUCCAGCAGCUGGAGAACGCCCUCACGGAGCUGGAGGAGAAGCAAACAACACCACAGCUUCCCAAUGACCAUGGCAGGUAGUGACAAAGCCACUUUUGCUUAAAUUUUCUUGCCGGCUGGACAUCGCAACCCGAAGAGAGGCAUCCCUCUAGACCAAGCCUCAGAAAUUCCGAUUUGGAAACCAGCUUGGGAGAGGAACAAAUGCACUGAUAGUCCCUGUGCUGUACGUCACAUCCUGUUAGAGGCAGAGGGCUUAUUCAGAGGAGGGGCCUUGGGGAGCAGCUCCACUGGGGAUGAGUACAGACACUUUAAAAAUAAUCCUCUGACAGAUGCCUUAAACACCCAUAUGGCUUUUGUCUGUAUGGGGAUGUUGCUCAGAAACCACACAUACACUCCAUUAGACAGAUAACACAGUAAGCCAGCAAAGCAGUGGGUAGACUGGCUUAUUGGGAUAGUUAUGCUAAAAAAUAAAAAACAAAACAAAACAG